GUUCUGCACCAGUGCUUGUAUCGACAACGAACCUGUCAUCGUCCUCUAUCGCCGUGGUGUGGCAGCGACCUCUGGAGGCCAACGGGGAAAUCACAGAGUAUACCGUUAAUCUGUCCGGUCCGGGUGGCUCGAACUCAUCACAAACUUCAAGCAACUCGGUCAUAUUUACGAACCUUUUACCAUACACACCCUACAACCUGACCAUUACGGCAGCAACGCGUAAAGGCUCUGGGCACCAGGGCCUGUUGCUGCAGCUGCACACCGACGAAGACGAACCCAUGUCUCCGCCGCGUAACCUCAUGAUAUACAACUACACGGCUGUGUCUGUAUGGCUCAGGUGGGAGCCCCCCCUGCAGCCCAGUGGUGUAAUACUGCAGUACAGCUUCCGGGUUAGAGACCUCAUCACACACAGUGUCACAUAUCAGAACUCCUCUGAUCCAUCCACCACAGCCUAUCUGUCUGGUUUCAGGCCUCAUAGCUCCUAUGAGAUAAGUGUUUACAGUUACACCAGUGUAGGCCAUGGAAAUCAGUUCAGCAGACCCGUGACCUUCACUACCAACGAGUCAG